CCUCUAUGGACUUGGCAGGGAUCCCGGUGGACAAAGUUCUUGAAUUCUUCACCGACCCAGAGCAGAGGCGGAAGUGGAACAAAAAGUCACCGACAUUCGAGAUCUUAGAAGAAAAGGAUGACUUCAAAAUUGUCUACACAGUAUUCAAGAUGCCCACAGCCUGUGAUGAUCGUGAUGUUGUCCAAUGCACUGUAGUAAGAUCAGAUGAAGACCCAAUCCGUCAUACCAUCCUUUACAAGAGCUGCAAUCAUCCAAGCAAACCACCAAAUAACAAAGGCCACAUAAGAGCUGAUGUUGGUGUAAUGGGUAUUGUGAUUAGGCCUAAGGAGGGUGAUGACGUAGCAACCCACGUGACCUGGGUGGGUCAGGUCAAUCUCAAGGGAUGGAUGCCCAAGAUGAUGGUGAAUAAGGUCACAAUCGGUUAUCCGGUAUCGCUAUACGAUGACAUCAACACGUACUGGAAGAAAUUGACGGGGCAGGAUAAGAAGGACAAGAAAGAAACAAAAGCUGAAGGAGAAGAGGAAAAUAAAGCAGAGGAAGGAGGCGAAGCAAAGGACGAAGAAGAAAAACCCGCUGAAAACGGAGAAGCCGAGCCGGAAAAAGCCGAGGAGAAGGCCGAAGAGAAAGCCGAAGAGACGAACGCCGAGGAGAAGAAGGAGGAGGAAGCGGCGUCGGAAGAAAAACCAGCCUCGGAUGAGAAACCGGCCGAAGAGGGUGCUGCAACAGAAUAAGAUGACCUUCUUGAAAGCGAGAAGGAAUAUCGAUUCGAGAAAGAGAGAGUUUUAUCAAAAUGGACAUUUUUUCAAACACGUGCCCGAUGUUUGAUUUCUUUUGUUGGAAGAACGUCUCAUGUUUAUUGAUAAUAUUUUGAAUGAUGCGUUCUAUAAUUUUAAGAAAUAUUAGCCCUCUGUCACCGUUAUUUUGAUGUAGAGUUACGUUUCCACUAAUGUA